UUUGUCUAAAUGUGUUGAACGUGAGUUUACAGUUUUUCUUUUUUUUUUUGGACGGCCGUAUGUGCACGUUUAGACUCAGUUUGCGGUACAUGCCUGUGAGUUAGUUCGCCUAUUUUCAGCUUUGUGAAGAUGAACGUGGUUCCGAACAGAACGAUGCGCGACGACGAGGCUGCGGUGGUGGAGAAGGCCAUCAGACUGGCAAUAGACUCCAUCAUCAACGUGCUGUACGGCGUGAACAGCGCCAGGACGCACGAAUACCAGCGCAUGGUGCUGGACAGGGACCGAGAGAUCCAGCGGCUGGAGGGCAGGCUGAGAGAGAUCGAGCAGGAGCUGCAGCUGCUCCGGGCGCAAGGCUGCACCUGUGGACUGUUUGAGAUGGAACACAGCCUGGUGGGUCCUCAGUCCUCCAGAGAGCCGCAGAAAGGAGCGCAGAGCAAUGCUGGACCGGACACCGCAGCAGGACAACAGGAGUGCGAAAUGAGCAUCACCUUAGGCCUUUUUGGCAGGCCUCCCUCACAGGUCUCCUCCCAAAGCCAUGAGUCUGUUCUUCCCUCAUCUCCCAGCAGAAUGGGUUUGGAACAGACGUGCAUGUCACACUCCUCAGAGGCAUCAGGUGUAUCAGAGGCAACAAGAAACCUCCCUACAUCUCCCAGCAGCCUUAUGGUGAAAGAGGAGCCUCGUGACCACGAAAAAGUCUUAAUCAAGUGGGAAAUGAAUGAGGAGAGCUUUAAGCUGCGUCAGGAGAGCGAAGACUGUUACGACAAAGAGAGUUCCACUGUAACAAGCAAACCAGAAAAUGAGGCAAAAAGGUUGCAAGACAAACCCUGUGCAGGCCCAGGAGGAAACCUGGUCACUGAGGGAGAACACCCCAGGAGCAAGAAGAAGAAUGUGCCGAUGUCCGAAUUGCCAGAAGAGGCCCAGAGACAGAAGAGGGCAGCGUGGAGAGCAGCAUCCAGGCGGUAUUAUGCUCGUAAAGUGGCCCGCCAGAAGGGCAAACCCUCCCACUCGGCUACAUUUCCACACUCUACAGACUCAGAGUCCAUGUGUUUUCUGGAUAAGUCGAAGACAACGCUGAUAUCAGAGUUACCUGCAGAGUCUCAGAGCCUGCAGAGGGAGGCAUGGAGAGUUGCAUCUCGGCGGUAUUACACUCGAAAACUCUCCCGCUUCCAGACUGAGCCCGCGCAGUAUGGUCAAAUGCUGCAAAUCACUGAGCCGUUUGGGGACACAAACGGAGGCCCAUCCCAGACUAGUGGCGGGGGAAUCGGAGGAAUUCUGUGUAGCUGAUAGACUGCUGCUUCAGGCUGAGGUUUUCAAAUGGUUAUAGUUAUAGCUGGGUUCCAUGUUUUACAUUAUAGAGUUCCUUUCAUUGCAGUUAUGCAGAAUCUUCUAUGAAAUAAAGUUUAUAUGUUUUUGUUUGCUUGUUUUUUUUGUUUGUAAAACUGGUUGGUUUAUGUCCUUCAUUGGGCAGGGUGUCAUGAACUUCGACACAUUUUGACAAAGUAUCAUCGCUGGUUCUCUAUAAAGAAUUUAUGCAUUAUGUCAUUGCAUUUAUGUUUUAUACAAUGAAAGGACUUCAUUUUUGCAGGGGGGGGGGGUUUUGUCUUGCACACCAUAUGAUUAUGCC